AUGGCGAUCCCGCUGAUCAUUGACCAGCCGAGCAUCGCGAUAAAAGCCGAGCAGAAUGGAGCGAUCGGACUGAACCCCGGCCUGAACGGAAACGUGACGCUGGCAGCCGUGUACGGUGGCUCCAUCUAUCCGGACGGAGAGGGCAUCCUCUUCAUCAUUCAGAGUAAACCGCCAGUAUGGCAAUCGCACGGGCCAGUCUCCAGUAAAACCCCGUAUGGAUACAUGGACGACUUUAAGACGGGCGAGGUCGGAACAGAGUGCUUGAACGUCACCUACAGCGUGGUGGCGGGAUUCCUUCUUCCGGACAUAACUCUGCGGGCAGCCACCGGCACUGUCAGCGGGAUCAUCCCAGACGCCGACGCCACAUACGUGUUCACGGUGCGAGCAGACGACAGACACGGGAAAUACGCCGAAAACAUCUUCAGAAUUGUUACAAGAGUUUACUGGAGGCUCGUAAUUGGAAAACUGAGCCUAAUUAACCCCUUGGGUAUUGGUAACUCCCUGAAGUACGUAAAGGACGCGCAGUUGAGCGGAUACAACCUGUGGAGCUUUUACGCCGCCACAUGCGUCAGCCUGGACGGUGGAAGCGCCUGGUACGGCAUCGAUGCGACGCCAUACUUUCAAGUGGACUUCGUUCUCAAACUGAAGAAAGAGUCCGGCGUGGUUGUUCAGUUCUGCAACUGCAGAUAUAGUCCGGCGUGGUUGUUCAGUUCUGCAACUGCAGAUAGAGUCCGGUGUGAUUGUUCAGUUCUGCAACUGCAGAUAGAGUCCGGUGUGCUUGUUCAGUUCUGCAACUGCGGAUAG